AGCCUCAAACCUGCACUUUGAAAGACUUUCUUUGUGCAAAUGGAGACUGUGUUUCAGCGAGAUUCUGGUGUGAUGGAGACUAUGACUGUGCAGAUGGCUCUGAUGAGAGGUAUUGUGAAACAAGCUGUUCUAGAGAUCAGUUCCAGUGUUCCAAUGGUCAGUGCAUAUCAGUGAAAUGGAAAUGUGAUGGUCAUGAAGACUGCAGACUUGGGGAGGAUGAGAAAAAUUGUGAACCAGCAUCUCCAACAUGCUCUUCAAGUGAGUACGUGUGUGCAAGUGGAGGCUGUAUUUCAGCGUCUUUGAAAUGCAAUGGAGAGUAUGACUGUACUGAUGGAUCUGAUGAGAUGGAUUGUGUAACAGAAUGUAAAGAAGAUAAGUUUCGAUGCAAAAAUAAGGCCUACUGUAUACCUGUCAGAUGGCUUUGUGAUGGGAUCCAUGACUGUGUGGAUGGCAGCGAUGAAGAAAAUUGUGACCAAGGAGGAAAUAUAUGUAGAGCUGAUGAAUUUUUAUGCAACAAUUCCCUCUGCAAACUACAUUUUUGGGUUUGUGAUGGCGAGGAUGACUGUGGAGAUAACUCUGAUGAAGUUGCUGAAAUGUGUGUAAAGUUUCCAUGCCCUCCAACAAGGCCGUACAGAUGUAGAAACAACAGGGUUUGUCUACGACCUGAGCAGAUUUGCAAUGAGGUUGAUGACUGUGGUGAUAACUCGGAUGAAGAUCACUGUGAUAAAACCACAUAUAAAGCAAGACCAUGUAAAAAAGAUGAGUUUGCUUGUAAUGAUAAGAAGUGUAUUCCAAUGGAGUUACAGUGCGAUUGGUUUGAUGACUGUGGAGACGGUUCAGAUGAGCAAGACUGCAAAAUAAGUGUUGCUGAAUAUACAUGUGAAGAUAAUGUGAAUCCGUGUGGAGAUGAUGCAUACUGUAAUCAAACAAAAACAUCCCUACUGUGUCAGUGUAAACCUGGAUUUCAGAGAAACAAGAGGAAUAGACAGUGUGAAGAUAUCAACGAGUGUAUGGUAUUUGGAGCCUGCUCCCAACACUGCAAUAAUAUUAAGGGAUCAUACAAAUGUGCAUGUGAGAAAAAUUAUAGGGAGAGGAAUAACAGCUGCAUAGCAAAAGGCUCUGAAGAUCAAAUUCUCUAUGUUGCUAAUGACACUGACAUCAUGGGUUUUGCAUAUCCAUUCAACUACAGUGAUGUUCAUCAGCAAAUAUCACAUAUUGAACAUAAUUCAAGGAUAACUGGAAUAGAUGCAUAUUUUCAAGGGGACAUAAUUGUUUGGAGUACUCAGUUUAAUCCAGGAGGGAUUUUCUACAGAAAACUUCAUGACAGAGAGAGAAGGCAAAGUAACAGCGGCUUGAUAUGUCCAGAAUUCAAAAGACCCAGGGGUAUUGCUGUUGACUGGGUUGCAGGAAAUAUUUACUGGACUGAUCAUUCCAGAAUGCAUUGGUUCAGCUAUUAUACAACUCAUUGGACUAGUCUGAGAUACUCCAUCAAUGUAGGUCAAUUGAAUGGACCAAACUGUACAAGACUCCUUACAAGCAUGGCAGGAGAACCAUAUGCAAUUGCUGUAAAUCCUAAAAAGGGAAUGAUGUACUGGACAGUUAUUGGGGAUCGCUCUCACAUAGAGGAAUCAUCCAUGGAUGGUACUCUGAGAAGGAUAUUGGUUCAAAAGAAUUUACAAAGACCUACAGGUCUCGUAGUUGAUCAGUUCAGUCAGCGUUUGUUCUGGGCUGAUUUUGAAUUAUCUGUUAUUGGCAGCGUUCUGUUUGAUGGUUCUGAUUCAGUUGUGUCUGUGAGCACUAAACAAGGUUUACUGCAUCCACAUAGAAUUGACAUUUUUGAGGAUUACAUAUAUGGAGCAGGUCCUAAAAAUGGUGCAUUUAGAGUACACAAAUUUGGCAGGAGCCUUGUAGAAUAUCUAAGUGUGGAUGUUGAUAAAGCAAAAAGUGCCUUGAUUUUUCACCGCUACAAACAAAUGGACUUGCCAAAUCCAUGCUUGGACCUUACAUGUGAAUUCAUUUGUUUACUCAACCCUUCUGGUGCAACAUGUGCUUGUCCAGAAGGAAAAUCACUGCUGAAUGGAACAUGCAUUGAUCAGAGCCUCUUAGAUGAUACCUGUAAAUUAACCUGUGAAAACGGAGGAAAGUGCAUUAUAAACGAGAAGGGGGAUCCCCGAUGUCACUGCUGGCCAAGUUACUCUGGUGAAAAGUGUGAAACUAAUCAUUGCUACAAUUAUUGCCAGAAUGGAGGAACUUGUGGAGCAUCUCUCCUAG